AAAAAAAGAUGGAAUUGAGAUGAUAUAUAUGUAUGGGGGUGGAGAAAUAAUUGGGAGUUGGGAGAUCGAAGCGCUAUUUCCACGUUUGCCCUAGGCGCUGUUUACGCUAGAUACGCAUCUGGUCGUCACUCAUUUUCGAUAUUUUGUUUCUGACAGAAAGAGCAGAAUAGGUAUCCUUGCCAAAGCCGGAAUGUUCGAAAGGAUAAAUAUAAAAGUCUUGGGGGUUUUACCGUAAAAUCGUCAUCUAGUCUUUAGAUCUCUAUCGAUCGAAGGACAUGUUCCUUGCCGAUACCGGCGGCGUUUUAACUAGCCAAUUUUGUAAAAACGGCUAUAUUAAUGUACAACAUAAUUCAUGGUUUCGUUUAAUACCUUUCCAUUUAAGAUAUUUAUCAUCAAAGGAUAAAGGAAAACUCGGUAAAGAAAAGGCGGCCGUCAAGGAUUGCAAAACUAUUGAAGAAAAAUAUAGCAAGAAAUCAAUAAUACAAACGUUUCGCGUAUACCGAUGGAAUCCAGAAAAACCAAAAAUAAAACCCCAUAUGCAACAAUACAGCGUGGAUUUAAAGGAUGCUGGUACCAUGAUAUUGGACGCUCUACAAGUUAUCAAAGCAGAUCUCGAUCCUACUCUAACUUUUCGAAGAUCCUGCCGUGAAGGAAUUUGUGGAAGUUGUUCGAUGAAUAUUAAUGGUGUUAAUAAUCUGGCUUGCAUCACGAAAAUACAACUUUCAUCGAAACCUAUUAUUAUUUACCCUUUACCACAUAACUAUGUAAUUCGAGAUCUAGUUGUCGACAUGACGCAUUUUCUCAAGCAAAUUCAUACAGCUGACCCUUAUUUAAAACGUCCCGGAGAAGACACCUUUCUUGGUUUAAGGCAAAUCUUACAGAGUCCAAGAGAUAGAGAAAAACUUAAUACAUUAUACGAGUGUAUCCUUUGUGGAUGUUGUUCAUACUCGUGUCCUCCAUAUUGGUGGUUAGGAGAUAAAUUUUUAGGACCAGCUGCUCUCUUACAGGCAUAUAGAUGGUUGGUUGAUUCACGAGAUUUUGCAUACAAAGAGAGGCUUAAUAAGCUAAGAGAUUUUUACUCGGUUUAUCGAUGUCACACCAUCUUUAAUUGUACUAAAACAUGUCCGAAGGCUUUAAAUCCAGGGAGAGCAGUAGCUCAAAUAAAACGACAUCUUGCUGGACUUACGACUAAAGAGGAAUCGGAUCUUACUACACCAGUACCAAAUCCUUGUCCUGGUGAAGAAGACAUUUACACUUGUAGAGAGGAAUGAUGAACAAUGCAAUAUCGAUGACCCUCGAAUAAAACAGUUCAUGUUGAAUUAUAUAUUUUUUGGAUAUAUGAUAUACCAACCAUACUCAAGUAAAAACAGACAUAAACGUAACGCAACAAAACAUAAAUUUAUUGUCACAUAUGCUCGUAUUCUAUUAUGUGAAACUUUGCUUAAAUUAUUUAU